AUGGUUCCGUGCGGUGAAAUCCCCGUUCCGAUGGCUCCCAAAGGCGCAUCUUACAUAGCUAGCGUCUCAUUGCUGGUUCAGCUGGUUAUGCUAGCGAUCGCUCUUUUGGUGGGCCACGGUCUUAGACGGAAGAAAAUAGUUAUAAUCCCUGAAGCUGGCGCAGCGUUAGCCUUUGGUGUGCUAGUAGGGCUGGUUGUGAAGUUCCUUCGCCAUGGUUCGGAGUUCCGGGAAUGGAUUAACUUCAACAAUAACUUCUUCUUCUAUUUCCUGCUACCGCCGAUAAUAUUAUAUCCUUUUCACGUCUCGGGAUGGAGCUUGAAGACGAAACCAUUCUUUAACAACUUUGGAGCAAUUUGUACAUUCGCAUUUGCUGGGACGCUCAUAUCGACCUUGGUGGUGGGAUGCUUCAUGUAUUUUGUUGGACUAUUGCAUGCUGCUCACGCCAUGCCUAUUAUGGUGUGCCUUGCCUUUGGAGCCUUAAUAUCAGCAACUGAUCCAGUAUCGGUUCUUGCAGUUUUCCAGGAAUUGGGUGUUGACCGCACCCUUUACGCUCAAGUAUUUGGAGAAUCUGUGCUCAAUGAUGCAGUCGCAAUUGUACUCUACAGGACCAUGUUGUCAUUUGUGACAACCAAGGUUGACGGCAGGGGAAUAUGGUUUGCUAUUUCUUUUUUCUUAGCCAAUUUCAUUGGUUCGUUCUCGAUAGGAGUGAUUUUGGGCUUGUUGAGUGCCCUUGUCUUCAAGCAUUGCGGUUUUGAAGAUGAUGGUCUCGCUUUGUUGCAAGCCUGCCUGCUUUCACUAUUCCCCUAUAUGGCGUACAUGCUCGCUGAUGCCUUUGAAUUAUCUGGUAUCGUUGCCAUCCUUUUCGCGGGAAUGACAAUGAGAUACUACACAGCUCCACAUCUGAAUGAGAAGGCGUUGGCCACAACAAGUAGCUUCUUCUCCAUCCUUGCAAAGUUAUCCGAAACUUUCGUCUUUAUAUACAUGGGAGUCGCGGUGUUCUUGGAGAAACAAAGUUGGAGAAGCUACAGAUUUACUCUGUUUGCUAUCUUUGCUAUUCUUAUUGCAAGGGUGUUCAACAUAUAUCCCCUCGCAUACAUUGUCAAUGCUUUUCGCCAGAAGCAAAGCAGAAUACCAAUGAAUCAUCAGCAUGCAUUGUGGUUCAGCGGGCUUCGUGGAGCCAUGGCCUUUGCCCUCGCACUGCAAUCUAUUACUGAUCUUCCUGAUGAAUAUGGCCGCGUUAUUUUGACGUCAACAUUGUUAACGAUCGCUUUCACUGUGUUGUUUAUUGGUGGUGCGACAUCCCACAUGCUUUCGUGGCUUAAGAUCGAAUGCAGUGGGGUCCGAAGUGAACACGAUGAUCAGGAUACGCAGACGCAGGAGAUACUGGUAGCUCAAACACCUGAAAAACCUCAAAGCAAUUUGAAGAAGAAGUUUCAGCAGCUGAAGGAGAAGGCUAGCUUCGCUUCAAUCGACAAGAACUUUUUGACUCCAGUUUUUGCAACACCGUCCCGUUCACAUCCGCGUCUUGCGGAGCUGGAUCAGAACAGUACGCCUCCGCAACCACAUCGUCCAAGUUCUUCUUCAGUUGAUGGGACAGAAAGGAGGGCAGUGGAAAUCGAGCUUGCUCCAGUGGAUGAAUUGUUCCCAGUUGAUGAUGAUAGUAUGGCCGUUCCCCUGACUACUGCGCUUUCAUUACCCCUGGAAGGAGGGCACCUCAGCAGGCGUGCUAGUUUCAAUAGCCAGCAAGGAGGAUGA